GGACGCGGAAAAAUCGGUAGGUUCGAAAGAGUCUACGUUCGAAGAGUCCAAGGACACCUAGCCCAGUGCCGGUGCACCUUUCCUCCGGAUUCGCCCCGCGUGGGCUCGGGCCCGCUGCCUGCGUGCGGCUGGAGAGAACCGGACGGCGGGAGUAGAAGGCGGCUCGCUACCUCACAAGGCAGCCCGUUCCAUCUUGGAGUUGCUGUGUGGAGAGAAGGUUUGACUUGAAUUCUCUAAAGAUGGCAUGGAAGAGCAGUGGUGCAAUGCAAAUAUGUAGAUUUCUUCUUUUAGUAAUUUUAUUUCUGCCACAUGGGAUGACAAGUUCUGUUUUAACUGUGAAUGGUAAAACUGAGGACUAUACCCUGGACACUCAGCGUGGCUUCCAAGAAUCUCUGGAAUGUGCUGUUCAAAACCAUACCAGAGAGGAAGAACUUCUCUGGUAUCGAGGAUCGGGGAAAGUGGAUUUGAAAUCUGGAAACAAAAUCAACUCCAGCUCUGUCUGUGUCUCUUCCAUCAGUGAAAACGACAACGGAGUCAACUUUACCUGCAGGCUGCAGAGGGAUGAGACUGUGUCCAUUUCAGUGACGCUGAAUGUUAUAUUUCCUCCUCUCCUAAGUGGAAACGACUUACAAACAGUUUCAGAAGGCAAUAACGUGAACUUGGUUUGCAAUGUGAAAUCUAAUCCCCAGGCUCAAAUGACGUGGUACAAAGACAAUAACAUCCUGAAUUUAGAAAAAAACUAUCACCAAAUCCAACAGACAAGUGAGUCUUUUCAGCUGUCAAUUACCAAAGUCAGGAAAUCUGACAAUGGAACCUACAGCUGUGUUGCAAAUUCAUCUGUGAAAAUGGAGACCAUGGACUUCCACCUGAUUGUUGAAGAUGAGAAAGCUGAGAUGCCAUCAAAUACAGGAAGAGUUCUGCAUCAGGACGUCUUCAAUUUAUGUAGUCCCAUCUGUAUUUACUGCUAUUAUUAAAUUCACUCCUGUCAAAUUGUCAGAGGUUAUAAAGAAGUGUUUCAUUAGUCACUUAACAGUAGUUGUUAUGAUUAAUUUGAUAUCCUUAUGGAGAGAGCUGUUAAGAAUGAAAAGUAAGAUUUUGUUAAGUCUUCUCCCUGAAGUGUAUGUGAAUUAAUUGAGAUUUGUUCCAAAGAGGUUAGUAAUUAUUUACUAUUUAGUGUGUAUUUUUCUACAUUUGGGUCUCAUAAAUCAGUGCAAUACCAAAAAAAAAAAUGGGAGAAAUGCAUUUUAUUGUCACACAAUUUUUUUAAGUUACUGAGGAAGCACGUAAAAUGUAUCAGUUAUCAUCUACCUUCACUGUCAUUUUAUAAAAGAAGCGUUUUAGGAUUUAAAAAA